AUGCCCAUGACCGUUCGCAACAGUGGUGGAAAGCUUCCUCUCAACGUGCUCAUGACUUUCAUCUUGGAUACCACGGUCUCAACCGCGGCAGCGAGGAAACACAGCUCGAAGAACAGGACGUCUCGGAAUAGUGCUGCGUCUCCCAAUGACCAUCCGACCAAUGCAUGGGAGAGACCAGAUAUUGUGAAUAUAAGGAAUGCAGUCAUUGUUUUGUCCAAGCCUGAGCCCGGCGGUAUUCCCAUCAAUUCUUGA